GUUCGUUUAGUUAGGUUUGGAACGUGUAACCGUUAAAACGUUGUUUCUUACCUUUUUCGCUCGAACGAAAGUGAAACCGAAACCAUCCUUCAUUUGUUGUGCAAAACGGUCCUAAAGUUGUUGUUUGUAAAACGUAUGCAAUAUAAAUCUCAUUUAUCCGCAUAUUGCAUUCCAUUCGCUUAUACUCAAGGAUUAUCCUCCCCUAUCUCAUUGUAACAGGGAAUACUAACCAGAGAAUUACCAUGGAACAGUUUGGUCUUUUUCUCGGAUUAGCUCUUUUGGCCACCAAUGUUUAUUCAGCCCCCGUCGAUUCGAUCGAGUGUCCUGAAAAGCAUGGUGUGCAAGCUUACGCCCACACUGAAAACUGUGACCAAUUCUUCUUAUGUACUAACGGAACCAUUACUUUGGAGACUUGCGAAAAUGGAUUAUUGUUUGAUGGUAAAGGCGCUGUACACAAUCAUUGUAAUUACAACUGGGCAGUAGAUUGCAAAGGCAGACAGUGGGAUCCCACGCCUGUAUCGACUCCUGGCUGUGAAUAUCAAUUUGGCAUUUAUCCAGUAUCCAAGGAAUGUUCAACAACAUACAUUAAAUGUGCCUUUGGAGAACCAAUAGAACAAGAAUGUGAUGCUGGUUUAGCAUAUGAUGAACGUAUACAUGGUUGCAACUGGCCAGAUCAACUCUUGGAUAAAUGCAAUCCUGAAGCCGUUGUUGGAUUCAAAUGCCCUACGAAAGUUGAUGGUCCUGCUGCCCGCUUCUGGCCCUUCCCACGUUUUCCUGUAUCCGGUGACUGUCGUCGUUUGAUUACAUGCGUCGAAGGGCAUCCUCGCUUGAUCACUUGUGGUGAAGACAAGGUCUUUGAUGAGAGCACUCUUACCUGCGAAGAUCCUGAAGAGGCUCAUUCCAAGUGCGGAUCUUUUGGCAAAUAAAAACCUGUCCGUCAACCAAGUUAAAGCAACACCCGACAAUAUGUAAAUCAAUUUUUGUAGUACAUAUUUGAUUUUAAACUUUACUGUACUUACUUUUGAUUGUUUUUUUUGUAAAUAAUUUAUAAAUAUCUGCUUUCACUAAAACGUUUAUACUUCCAUAUUCAAUCUAAUUUGUUUCCAAACUCGACGUUAUAUCUUUUAAAUGUUAAAAACUGUUAUAAACAAUAAAAAUAAACUUUUUAUUUAUUUAA